AUGGUUGAGUCGAAAAGCUUUCCCGCCACCGCUUCGCCGCAAGUGGCGGCGGCAUGCUCGCGGCUUCCUACGUCGCAGAGCUGCAGCGCCGCCGUGCCGCAGCGCCCCGCUUCCCCGCACGCGCAUCCCCCCUUCUCUUCGCCGCGUUCCGCUUCCCCUCGCCCCCCCUCCCCGUUCUCCUCCCCGCGCUGCUCCUCGCCCCUUUCCUCUCCUAGUAGCGCCAACCAUCCCGCCGCGCGCCGUCCGCCAAGCGAUCAACAGCCCACGCGACUAGGCCCCUCAGCAGCAGAAGCACCUUGCGUGGACUGGCCGUCAGCUGACGUGUCACCGGCGGGAUUCUCACCCGCAGGAUCAGGUCCGCCGUCCCCAUCGACCGCAGGAGCGGCUGUAGCGGGGCUGCGGUCGCGCAGCCGGCUCGGUCCAGGCUACCACGCGGCCGACGACGCCGCAAGCAGCCCUCGCUGCGCCUCACCCCACACUGCCCCUGCCGCUAGCCCCAGCGUUCGUACCGCGUUAGCCCCCGCCAUCGCUGCAGCAUCCAGCGCAGAUUCCGCUGGACCGAAGGCCUGCGUUGGUGGCGGCGCAAACCGCGCUGCAGUGGGGGGUCCCGCUGCGAGCACGCCGGAAUGCGACGAUGUGCCGGACCGCGCGCGGCUGCGGCUGAAGGUUGAGCGGGGUAACCCGCAUGACGCGCACAAGGCGGUGUCUCCGAAGAACCUGCCUGCGCGCCGUUUUGCGCUUCCGCCGAAGCUGCUGUGCGGAUCCUUCUCUCCCUCCUCCCCGUCCUCCCUCUCCCCCGCCUCCCCCUCCCCAGUCCAUCACUUUUCCCCAGCUUCCCCUUCCGCCCGCAAUCACUCCGUCGCCUUUCCGCAUUCCGCCUCUGCCCCUUUUUCUUGCCCGCCUUCCGCCUCCCCCGGAUCUCCCGCCUCCCCCACGCCAUCCGCCACCUGCUUCUCCUCGUCCUCCUCGACCGCGUCGCACUCGCGAUUCGCAUCGCUGUCGCCAGCGUCGCCUCUGGGCGUGCUAAAGUCGCCCACGCCGCAUUCCCCGGCGAGCAGGUGCGCGUCGCCGCAGCCCAAGAGCCCGCUGGGCCUGACGACGGUCGCCGCGGGGACCGGCGCGUGCGCUGGUAGUGGCGCUGCUAGCACCGCUGCAAGAGGCGCCGGUGGUAGCGCCAGCUGCAAUGGCGAAAGGGCUUUCUGUCAGCAGCAGCAGCAGGGGCAGAGGCGGGGGGCGAUUGCGGGCGCGCAGGGGCGGGCGUUCAGCAUCGCGGACUUGCUGCGCCUCCACUCGCGCUCGCCCUCCCACGGCUCUGCGCCCGAUGCGCCGCUCGCCUCUACCUCCCCCUCACCCGCGCGCGGAGACUCGCAGCAGCGGCAGGGGUCUCCCCAGCACCGGCCGCAGCAGCGGGUCGGGGGGGAUGGGCAGCGGAAGAGGGCGAUAGUGCGGGUUACCACUUCAGGCGAGGACGCCGAGAUCAGAGGGGCUGUCCACAGGUUGGAGGACGGAGAGGCGAGAGAAGAGGUGGAAUGUGCGGCGAGGGGGAGGGGGAGCGGUUGGAGCGUUGAUUUGGACGAGGAGGAAGGGCAGGCGGAGGAGAGCGAGGAGAGGCGGGAGGAAGGCGGAGAAGACGGGUGGGAGGUGGCUCAGGGGCAGGGGGAGAGGCACGUGGAGAAGCAGGCGGAGGGAAACGUAGAAAGGCAGGCGUGCAGCGGAGGCAGCAGCAACAGCGGCAACAUGCCGCUGUGCCCGGGUGCGUCCCCAGAAGCCGCGGCACCACUGGUUGCCAAGCCAGGCAGCGAGGCUUGGGCAGCCGCAGCCAAGGGAGGUCCUGACGGCAGCCAAGGCACGGAAGAGCAGCUGCGGCAGCAGCGGCUGUGGAAGCAGUCAGAGCGAGCAGCAGAGCGGAGGAGGAAGGUGCGGGCGAACGAGUUUGUGCUGAGGAAGCCAUACGCUGACAUCCGCGAGGAGUAUGUGGUGGCGCGCAAGGAGAUCGGCAGCGGGCAGUUUGGCAUCAUCCGCAAGUGCGUGCAGCGCCACACGGGGCUCACGUUCGCGUGCAAGAGCAUCGCCAAGGCGGGCAUUCUGACGGUGGAGGACGCGGAGGACGUGCGCAACGAGGUGGGGUUCCUGGAGGAGCUGCGCGGGCACCCACACAUCGUGGCGGUGCAGGCGACGUACGAGGACGACGACAACAUCCACAUCGUCAUGGAGCUCUGCAAGGGCGGCGACCUCUUCGACCGCAUCAAGCUGCGCGCCCGCAUGCCCGAGCCCGCUGCUGCUGCCAUCUGCAAGUCACUGGUGGGCGUGCUGCUGCACUGCCAUGCGCGCGGCGUGCUGCACAUGGACGUGAAGCCCGAGAACGUGCUCAUGUGCCACCGCACAGAUGACACGCACAUCAAGCUCAUCGACUUUGGCGUGGCCACGCGAUUCACGCCAGGCGUGCCGUGCCGCGAGGUGCUGGGCACACCCGAGUACAUCGCCCCGGAGGUGCUCAAGGGGGCGUACGGCCCGCCCGCUGACCUCUGGAGCGCCGGCGUGGUGCUGUAUGUCAUGCUGGCGGGGGCGCCCCCCUUCUGGGAGCGCGCGAGUAAGACGCUCAAGGAGUCCAUCCUGGGGGAUGACGUGCCCUUCUCCCAAAGCAAGUGGGGCGACCGGACGGCUGAGUGCAAGGAGCUUAUAAGGAGGAUGCUUGACAAGGAUCCGACCACGAGGAUAACCGGCAAGGAGAUUCUUGAGCACCCUUGGAUCAAGAUGCACACCGGUGCCAAUCACCAACUCAGUGCUCGACCCAACGAACCACGCAUUGUGAAGAUGGGCACGGGACUGACGCUCUACGGCCACGUGCACUCGCCGUUCGUGCGUCGCGUGCUGCUGACGCUCUAUGAGAUGGGCGUCGAGGAUUUCGAGAUGAAGGUGGUGAGCACGAGCAAGGGCGACAACAAGACGCCCGAGUACCUCACCAUGAACCCGUUUGGCAAGAUGCCAGUGCUGGACGACAACGGCCGCUACCUCUAUGAGUCGCGUGCCAUCAUGCGGUACAUAGCAGAGAAAUACGCCGAGGGCAAGCCGAACCUGGUGGGGGCAGACGUGUGGGAGCGCGCGGAGGUGAGCCAGUGGGCGGACGUGGAGGCGCACAGCGUGACGGAGCAGGUGGCCGUGGUGGUGGAGGAGAACUUCCUUAAGCCGCUCAUGGGCAAGGGGGAGCCCGACAAGGCGCGCGCUGAUGCUGCCAUUGACAAGCUGGGGCGGCUGUUUGACAUCUACGAGAAGCACCUGCAGGGGCGCGAGUACCUGGUGGGCGCGCGCUGCACGCUCGCGGACCUCACGCACCUGCCCUACACUGAAGUGCUCUUCCCCGCCGGCGCCGGUCACCUCAUCACGUCACGCCCCAACGUGGCGCGGUGGUGGGAGCGCAUCUCGUCCCGCCCCGCGUGGAAGAAGGUGCAGCAGCUGGAGCCCAUCCCCGACCUCACACCCACCCCCGCCUGA